AUUGGACUUAGUGCGCAUCCCGGGUAAUGGUGGUAUUUCGGUCUUCCUCUGGGUCAUCCCCCUUAUUCCAUAUCAAUAUGGGUGUGGAGAAGAUACCAGAACCAAAUCAACAGAAUCCCAUCAAUAUUGCCCUUCCUUGGUCCAAGCUUCAUUCGGCGAAUACCUUAAAAGUACUUACUCCAGUGGAUCUGAGCAGCAGCAAUCAAGCAACAGAAAAGGACACUCAUUGCAGUUCUUGUAACUGGAGGCAGAACAGCAAAUCUUCAAGAAUAGAAGCCAUAAAAAUACAAAUACUAAGCAAACUGCGACUGGAGCAAGCACCAAAUAUCAGUAAGGAUGCAAUAAAACAUCUUUUGCCUAAAGCUCCUCCAUUAGAAGAGCUAAUUGAUCAGUAUGAUGUCCAAAGUGAUGACAGCAGUGAAGGAUCUUUGGAAGAAGAUGAUUAUCAUGCCACCACCGAAACCAUUAUCACCAUGCCCACAGAGCCAGAUUUUUUGACACAUGAAAAGCAAAAAUGCUGCUACUUCAAGUUCAGCUCUAUCAUGCAAUACAAUAAAAUAGCAAAGGCUCAGCUAUGGAUAUAUUUGAAACCUGUUCAAAAACGCACCACAGUUUUUGUACAGACCUUCAGAUUACCCAGAUAUUUGAAUGAUAAUUUACGGUCUACUGGAAUCAGGCCAAUAAAGCUUGAAAUGAACCCUGGGCCUGGGGUUUGGAAAAGCAUUGAUGCAAAAACUGCUCUGCAAAAUUGGCUUAAACAACUUGAAUCCAGUAUUGGGAUUGAAAUUAAAGCCACAGAUGAAAACGGAAGAGAUAUUCCAGUUGGCAGUCGUGGUUCAAAUGAAGAUGGACUGAAUCCAUUUAUAGAGGUCAAGGUUAUGGACACGCCAAAAAGAUCCCGAAGAGAUUUUGGUUUGGACUGUGAUGAGCACUCUUCAGAGUCUCGGUGCUGUCGGUAUCCACUCACGGUAGAUUUUGAGGCCUUCGGAUGGGACUGGAUUAUUGCACCAAAAAGAUAUAAAGCUAAUUACUGCUCUGGGGAAUGUGGAGUAGUAUUUUUGCAAAAAUACCCCCAUACUCAUUUGGUUCAACAAGCAAAUCCUAGGGGGUCUGCAGGUCCUUGCUGUACUCCAACAAAAAUGUCCCCAAUCAACAUGUUGUAUUUCAAUGAAAAUGAACAAAUUAUCUAUGGAAAAAUUCCUGCAAUGGUAGUAGACCGAUGUGGUUGUUCAUGAGUAUUUUUAUUAAUCUGCAGUGAAAGGGUCUACUUUUUUAAUUAGCUUCAAAAGUUAAGAAACUGUGAAAAUUUCUAAAUUAAAGUUUUUUUUUUUUUUUGUUUUUUUUUUAUCAACUGGUGCCAGAAAGUUAAACAGAUUUGUAAAUUACUUCUAUAUAAAAAUCUUACUCCUUCCAGUAACUGCUGCUGAAUACUACAGAGGAAAUUCUUUACUUUUGGGAACACAGUGCUCUCUGCUGACAUCACGAGCACAGGAUAACUUUCUGGCACCCAUUAAUUUAAAAAAUAAAUAGAAGGUUUCCACUGAAGAACCCCUUUAAGUCAGGAACAGCAGAGGUCCUAGACUUUCAAUUGGUGUGUGUGUGAGAUGGGGGGGGGGGGGGGGGGGCUAGGCAUUACAAAAAAGGCAACAAACCUAGUGAAACCUGUUAUACUUUACCCCUGCCAACAUCUAGCCUUUCUAAAUCCAUUGAAAAAAGUCAUCCCUUAAAAUAUCUAUAUAUAAAUGUCAGGACAUAAAUUGCCCACACAGUGAUAUCUAAUAUAAUAGUACCAGCCAUAUCAUAUAAUAGUGCCAGCAUACUCAUAUUAGUGGCAGUUAUGAAUCCCAUAAACCACUUGCAAACAUAAGCCCUGAUUUACUAAGAGUGGAGUAUAGUUUUCUUGUGGGAUUUUUUCCAGACAAGUAUUUUUCCACUGUGUUUCCACAUAUGUUCAAAACAUUUAAAACCUCAAGUCCUGGUGCGUCUCCCAAGGAUAUUGAUUUAAUGAUAAGAAGAAUAAAAUUACAUGCAGUAUUCAACACGUUUCGUGCUUGUACUGAGCCCUUUCUCAAUGCGUGCGAUGCAUGUAACUAAAAAGUAUAUGAUGUCUGCAUGAAUUAGAAUGGGGUAUUCCAGAUUAAAAUACUAUCAACAGGGUAAGCUAAAACGAAAAGAAAGAGCGCUCAAUAGCGUAAUACCGCAGGUAUAGGGUCCACAGGUGAAAUAGGAAAUGCCCUUCCGAAUGCGGUUGUGUAAGCUCACACACAACAGUGGACAGCGUGAGUGAGAGGUAGGUCCAGUCUGCAGCCUUCCCAUCCGAACAGGACAAUAGCAGGAGGAGACUUCUGGAGGUGGAGGGAUUUGAUGGCGCUGACCAGAAACAGACACGUCAGGUAGGUAGGAAAG